AUGUGCAUCCAAAAACAAUUAUAUUGCAAAAGAAAAGCUGAUAGACAUCAUAUCAGUUUUCCGUCGCUAAUUACACGCCCAAUCACGGGACACAAAAGGACACUUACGGUUUUAAUGAGCCCAAACACCCAACGAUCCACCCCUAAUUGCCCAGCCGCACGCAACCCGAUCCUUUGCCCCGGUGGCAGAAAGCGAAGGCAGUACAAACGUACACUCCCUGUCCGCAGCAGUAUGGUUCUGAUGAGGCUGUUCUGUUUUCGACUGUCCGUUCGCCUCGGUUCAAUCAUUGUUGGAGGAUUCUGUAUACUAGAAACAAUCGUAACGAUGAUAGCGCUGGCAGCAUUGGGUGGUGGUCAAUUUUUAGAGCAAGAAGCAUUGUACUACGAGGAAAACAUGCACCUGUACAACCCGGACGAUGUGUUCGUCUGGUUGAUUGGGGUGUGCAAAACGGAGGCCGCAAUGUUCUACACAUUGAUUAUGAUUGGCAUGGCGCUGUACCUACCCUGCUGCGGUACAAUGAUGAUGAAACGCUACCUUUUAGUGCCGUUCAUAGUGGUGGAGCUGGCGAGACUGUCCUGCAUCACACUGACCCACGUGAUCGGAAUGAUGGUGAUUAAAAAAUCCAUUAACGUGGGCUACCUUAUAGCUCUCACCAUUGCCGGUGGAUUUGCUUUGUUACUGCUGUUCUACCUAUGGGCCUGUGUGGUGGCGUUGAUGCAGAUACUGAAAAUAGUCCGCUCGCCCGAGUACAUUGCCGUGUUCGGGGACAAUCCGUUAGCCCCGAUCGAUCCCGGCGAGACGAUCCCGGCCGGUGCAUUGCCGACCGAUCCGACGACGGUCGAGUGGAACGGAAGUGGAUUUAAGCCGGUGCAGCGGAACACUAUCAGCAAGAACCUCGAGCGGUUGCCCCCGACGGCACUUACGGUGGGUCAGUUUAAUGGGCACAACAUGCUGAUCGAUGACUUUCGCCCCCUGCACAGUCGCUACACGCGCAGUUGGGCUAUUUAGAAUGGAAAAAUGGAAAGAAAAUAUUAAAAUAAAAUUAUAUAGAAUAGAAAAUCUGCCAAUCCAUAUUUCAAAAUGUGCAAUUUUUGACAGUUUUUCCUUUAAAUAGCUUUAAUGCAAUAAAUAAAAUAAUUUUCACAACUUUUUCCUUAUGAAAGAACCGCUCGCCUGUUCCAAUUUGAAUACUUUUUGCGCAUAUGCAAAGCGGCGAUGGUGAUGGGUGACGAUCGUCCUGCUCUCAGGGGUCAGGGUACGGAUCAAAACCGGGUGUGAUAAUGGGGACUGUGCUGUGAAGAGGAACGACAAUAUUGAUAGGAACGACAAAGCCCGCUUUAUAAAGCGGGAACACACACAAACACUUCACCCCUUAUUCUCUCCAAAGUAAACAAAGUACUCGUGAUGGCUUUAGUGUGUUUAGCCCCCAAUCGGUUGACGAUUCCGCGAUCGAAUGCAAUCAUCGGGUCCGUAAUUCCGAUUAUUGAAGGGUUGAAUGUUUUAUUUUUUCUAGCUUUAUUUCUUUUUACUGUUGCUGACCUGCAGCUGAACGGUUUAGUGCAGUCGACCGCGAUCAUUCUCGCCAGUACUGCUCACAUACACUACGAAGAAGGGGGGUUUUUAAAUGCAUUUUGAACCCCGUGGUCUAGAGGGUGGAAGCAAACUCACCCAUACUGUGAGGGGGUUUGGUACAGUGAGUGAUCACUUAUGGAUCAGGUAGGAUCGAAGCUUUUUAUUUUAAUAUUUAAAAUACUUUAAAUUAAAAAAAAUCUCAACGUAUAUGAUUUUAAUUAUAAAAUUUACAGUAAACAUGCAUUAAUAAAGAUAAAUUAUUCCAUUUUUAAGAAUGAUUUUAAGAAAUACAUCUUAUUACAUACAUCUGCAAGUUAUUUAUUGCUAGUCUUAUGAUAAAUGCCGUGCAUGUUAUGGUUCUAUUCCUAUUUGGGACAAAUUCUCCGUAAAAAAGACGUGUCGAUAAUUAGGGGUAGUAUUUUUUCCCAUGGUUUUGCAGCCGGAAAAGUAUGAACGUAUAAAAGAGAGAUAGAGAGACUGUAGUUAAAACAAUAAAUACUGCUUAAAAGUUACUAGUUUUUAUUUUUUUGUAAAAAUCACAAUAUAAUAAAUUUGGUGAUUAUUGUAAAAUUAUUAA